ACUUACCAGUCACACGCGCCUACAAGAAGCUCCUGCUAUACUUGACCAGUGCGCCUGCCUUCACGUCGAGGCACGCUGUUUGUUGAGCUUGGAUUCCACGGUUCCAAUGUUUGCGCCUCUUAAACACCCUGCCACCCACCUCUUGGAUUUCGCUCCCGCCUCAUAACCCGAUUAUAUUGCCCCGGUGCCACAGCACUCUGCUAGCUACGUCUGAUCCUUUGAGGCGAAAUGGCGCCCCAGGCUGGCGUUAAUGGCGUCCUGCCCGUGACGGCACUGCAGAAGAACGCCCCCGCUUCAGCACCCCGCGGACCCAAAAUCCCAGCGCCGCGUCUGAAGCUCAUAUGUCGACGACUACCCCCUGGUCUGACUCGGACCGAGUUCGAAACUUUCCUCGGAGAGGAGUGGAAAGUCGGCGCUGGCCGGGUCGACUGGCUUAAUUACCGGAAGGGCAAGGUUUCCAAAGACCUAGCCAAACCCUCCAAACCCUCUCGCGCCUACAUCCACGUCACGCAGCAGCCUUUCGUUUCCGCCCUUGGCGACCGCGUCCGCGAGAUUACAUUCCACGAUGCCGCCAAGUCUUUCCAGGACAGCGCCCUGAUCGGGCCUCCAGUUCUCGAGUACGCCCCUUAUAUGAAGCUGCCAGCAAAUAGACGCAGGAACGAUGCUCGCCAAGGCACCAUCGACCAAGACUCCGAGUUCAAGGAGUUCUUAGAGAGCUUGACUGCCCCCAUCACGAAACCUGCUGCACCAGAGGGCGAACCAGCAAAGGAAGAGAAGGUGAAGACGACACCGCUGAUCGAAGCACUCAGGGAGAGGAAGGCCAAUAAGGAGAAGCCACAGAAGAAGGGCCGUGGCGAGCACAAAGACGAUGCUGGUGAGAAGAAGAUCCUGGCCAAACCUGGGAAGGAGAACGCUCCGGGAGACAAGAAUCGCAAGCCCACCAGGGCUGAGAAAGAGAGGGCACAGAAAGAAGCUGCCAAAGCUCUGAACAAGGAAGCUGCUCAGAAAGAGAAUGUCGCGGUUGACAAGGGUGCUGCAGGCCCUUCAUCAGCGACCUCAGAACGCAAGCGCGGAAACGUUAAUAUCGCCAAAGGCAUACUUCAGCGUGACCUGGGUCUUGGACCUGCACCGAAUCGUCGACGAGGAACGAAGCGCGAAAUCUCAUCCGCCACACAGGAAAGCAAUCCCAAACAGGAGGAGAACGCCGUCCCUAAGUCGAAAGGCAAGGAGCCUGUCAGCGCACCUGCUGCCGCUGUUAUCGCUGCAGAGAAAGCGGCUCCAGCUUCGCCGAAGAAGGAGAGGCCAUCGCGCGCCGAACGUAGAGCUUUCAAAGCGUCGAUGGCCGAUAAGACGAACACUAAAACGGAAGGGGAGAGCUCCAAAGCUUCGGCGAAGCAAGGCACCACGCCAGCGCCCAUAAUCCUCAAGAAGCCGCAAACCCCACAGACUCAGCCUACUGCGCCACCUAAAGGUCCUGCUACUGCACGUGUUCCUCCUACGGGACCUGCCGCCGCUCGAAAUACCAACACAGUAACUCAGGCCACGCCAUUGAAGGCUGAAGCCAGCCCCAUUCCGCGUCCAGCUAAUCCUACACCUGCGCACGCCGCCGCAGGCCCAGGUCCAGCUCCAAUGGGCAAGCAGGCUUUCCUAAAACACGCCAACGCGUCUCAAGGCAUCACGGAGCCUCUGAUUGAAGAAGCCAUGAAGGCAUUCGGAGCAAUCGAGAAAGUCGAGAUUGACAAACGCAAGGGCUUUGCCUAUGUUGAUUUUGUCGAUCCAGAGGGAUUACGAAACGCAGUCGCUGCGGGCACAGUCAAAGUUGCACAGGGUGCCGUUCAGGUCCUGGAAAGAAAGGAGAAGCAUCAGGUCCCCCGGGGCUUUCCGGCACCCCGCCCCCAACCUCCUAGGCCCGCACCGGGCCGUGGCGGUUUCGGACCGCGUGGUCGUGGCGGUCGUGGCGGUACGAGGGGAGGUCACCCUGCCCCUCCACCUGGCGCUGUUCCAGCUCAGGCGCCAAUUGCUGCCCCUACAGCUGAUGUUGCAACGUGAUGGACAACAAAGUUCCACGGAAGAUAAAUCACCACCAACUACCCAACUGAUGGCCAGCGUACCUACGAGAGCAGUACAUGUUGGCACGCUCUCACCCACGGAUCGAACUCAGCUAUCAUUCCAUCACGUAUUAGCUACCACUACAACACGAGCUGAUGAACAGUGUUCACUAGCCCUACGCUUCACGGAACGUCGUCCGACCCACUCGGACACCGAUUGUAUGGAUCAUCGGAUAUCCAACCAAAAUAGAAUAUUGCCUUCGCCAGCAUUCUUGCCAUUGCUCCUAGGAUCAUGAAGCUGACAGGCAACCUGCGGCAUUACGGCCCAUGCUAACAGGCAUCCGGGGCGCGAUUGAGGACGGGUGUGCUAUGAGGUUGGAUAUCAGCAUGUCAUGGUAAUUGAGAGACAGUUGCUAGCUAUUCCAAGGCUCGUGGGGUAACUUUACCGAAGAGUAGUUCAAUGUCAAUAAUUUGGCUAUAUG